UCAGCAUUCUUCUUGCCAAAAAUGGAUGCAAGGUGAUUGCAGCUGCUCGGCGUCUGGACUUGCUGAUUUCGGUUUGUGAUCUCAUUAAUGCUCAGUAUUCUGAAACUCCUCGAGCUGUCGCGCUGGAGCUCGAUGUGACGGCCGAACCUCAAGCUGUUGAGGCAGCAAUACAAAAGGCUUGGUCAGCCUUUGGCCAGAUCGAUGUUUUAAUCAACAACGCUGGUCUCCGAGGUAGCGCAAGUUCUGCAAUGAAAAUAACAAAAGAGCAAUGGGAGCAUGUCUUAAAAGUAAAUUUAUACGGAGCUUGGAUAUGUUCAAAAUACGUAGCUCUGCAGAUGAAAGCGUCCAAAGUAGAAGGAUCCAUCAUCAAUAUAUCAAGUAUAUCUGGACUAAGCAGGGUCCAAAGCACAGGAAGUGUUGCAUAUAGUUCAUCCAAAGCAGGGAUGCAUGCCCUGACCAGCGUAAUGGCACUUGAGUUGGGGGCAUAUAACAUUAGGGUGAACACAAUAGCGCCAUCUAUUUUCCGUUCAGAAAUAACAGAGGAGCUUCUUAAUCAGAAGUGGUUUUUGGGGGUAGUCAACAAAAUUGUGCCACUGCCAUAUCAUAAAUCCACGAUUGAAACGGCCUUUCUACCACUGAUCCAAUACUUGAUUGACGACUCUUCUAAAUAUGUUACAGGCAACAUUUUCAUAGUAGAUGGUGGUAGUAGUCUUGCCGGUGUUCCCCUCUACUCCUCCCUUUGAAUAAAUUUACUUUCUUUGUAAUAAACAACUGUACUCGUCCUGUUGAGGGUUAUCACUAAUUUUUGGUGGUAGAAUCCUUGCUGAGGAUGUUGGUAAUACUGUAUGUAAUUUGAUGGACGGAUCAAUGGAUCAGUUUUACCAUUGUUAAGCUAGAUAGAGCUUCCCUUUCUAUGUGUCGUCGAAGGCAAUUAGGUGCUUCCUCCGUGUGUUGGACUAUGGUGUAUUUGCUCUGGACUCCGAUCACUAUAAUAAAAAUUCAUACCACUACACUUAAAUCAUCAUUUUUAUAUAUCA